AUGGCUUCUCAACUAAUUGAGAAUCACAGAGUUGCAGCUGAGAUUUACCAUGGUGAAGCUCUUUGCAGGCAAAAAGCUUGGGAACUGCUCGAGGAGCCAUGCCUUCCCAAAGGCCUGUUUCCAAUAGACAUGGUAGAAUUUGGCUGUAACGGAUCCUCUGGAUUCGUUUGGGCCAAGCAUAAGGAGCAGGUGAAGCACAAGUUUAAGCGUAUUAACAAGACUGUCCCGUAUGACACUGAAGUGACAGCAUUUUUCAAGAAACGUCGCUUGACAAAUGUUACUGGCAUCAAGAGCAAGGAGCUGUUGCUUUGGGUCACCAUUUCUAACAUAUUCAUCGAUGAUCCUUCCUCAGGCAAGAUCACGUUUCAGGUCCCCAAUGGCAUGUCUGCUAUGUUGCCCACUUCAGCGUUUGAGCUGGAAGAGAAUAAGGUUCUUUGCCUAGAGAACUAA